UCGCCCACCUCCGCGAACCACAAGCGCCCCAUUGCCGCAGCCUUAAAAAUCCGCCCUGCAGACGACUAGCAACAUAAAGAUCCCAUCUUUCCUCCGUCUCCCCUCCCCCAUCCGAAUCGAUACCCCGCCGUUGCACUCGAGCUUUUCCCUCGAUACGCGAUGACGAAGCAGAAUGUUGUGCCGGUGGAGGCCGUGGCCGCCAUCGCGGUGGCGGCGGUGGCCGGCUCGUCUCCCCUGUUCCCCUACCCGCCCCCCCGGGCCUACGGCCGGAGGAAGUAUCUAUCCCAGCUCGAGCUCGGUGGCGGCAGGAUCGGCGCGUGGGUGGAGUCCAUGAAGGCCUCUUCUCCCACCCACGCGAAAGCGACCGCCGCCCUGCCUUCCGGCGACGCCGCCGUCGACGAGCAGUCCGCGUGGGUUGUGCGGCAUCCCUCGGCGUUGAACAAGUUCGAGCAGAUCAUGAGCGCCUCCAAAGGGAAGCAGAUCGUGAUGUUCAUGGAUUACGAUGGCACACUAUCGCCCAUCGUCGACGACCCCGAUUCCGCUUUCAUGUCCGACGCGAUGAGAGAGGCGGUCAGGGACGUGGCGAGGUACUUCCCCACCGCGAUCGUCAGCGGGCGAUGCCUGGACAAGGUCAUUAACUUCGUGCGACUGGCCGACCUAUACUACGCUGGUAGCCACGGCAUGGACAUCAAAGGCCCCACGAAGCCCCGACACGCCAAGGCCAGAGCCAAACCCGUUCUCUUUCAACCGGCAAGCGAGUUCCUCCCCAUGAUAGACGCGGUUCACAAGGCAUUGUUGGAGAGGACCAAAUCCACACCUGGUGCCCGGGUGGAGAACAACAAGUUCUGUGUUUCCGUCCACUUCAGAUGUGUGGAUGAAAAGAGUUGGAGUUCGUUGUUCGAGCAGGUGAGGUGUGUGUUGAAGGAGUACCCCAAACUGCGGCUCACUCAGGGAAGAAAGGUGUUAGAGAUUCGUCCCACAAUCAAGUGGGAUAAGGGGAAGGCAUUGGAGUUCCUGUUGGAGUCGCUUGGAUUUGCCAACUGCACAAACGUAAUGCCGGUCUAUAUCGGAGAUGAUCGCACCGAUGAAGAUGCGUUCAAGGUAUUGCGAGACAGAGGACAAGGCUUUGGCAUCCUUGUCUCGAAGUUUCCGAAGGAGACAAAUGCCACUUAUUCCCUGCAAGAGCCAUCCGAGGUUAAGGACUUCUUAGUGCGGCUAGUGGAGUGGAAGCGCCUGUCGAUGAAGGCUUGUUCCAAGGUGCAAGUAGCAUAGAAGUUGCCCCACCACCCCUGUGAAAGCUUAGGUCUGAUGGGACCCAAUGAAACGGGGAGUUCAUGUAAUCCCCUUAUUUUAGGUGCAAAGAACGCCUCAUAAAGAGGCAGAGCAAUCUCUAUGUCCCCUUACUCUUCUUCUUGGACUUGAAAGCACUGCAAUUCAAGCUUUCUUCCCUUUACACGAGCAGCUGUAAUCUUGUAAUUAGAUCUUUGUACAAUCAAAAAAGAAGGAACACCAAUUGUUUUCU